UCUCUCUCUCCCUCUCUCUCUCUCUCUCUCUCUCUCUCUCUCUCUCUCUCUCUCUCUCUCUCAUACACCAAAACUAACAGGACACACAUGAAGGGGACACUGAGGUACUUAGCAGGAAUUCCAGGGCCAAAUGGGUUUGGCUCAAGAUCAACAGCUGAAGAAGUUACGCAAAACUGUUCGUCUAACCAUUCACAUCUCACUGCCAUUAUCACUGGAGGGACGUCGGGGAUAGGGGCAGAGACGGCGAGGGUGUUGGCGAAGAGAGGAGUGAGAAUCGUGAUGGCGGCGAGAGAUAUGAAGAAAGCGGAGAUGGUGAAAGAGAAGAUAGAGAGAGAGAGUCCUGGAUCUGAAAUCAAAGUGCUUGAGAUCGAUCUGAGCUCUCUCACUUCUGUCAGGAGAUUCUGUUCUCAGUUUCUCGCUCAGGACCUUCCUCUUAACAUCCUCAUAAACAACGCCGGAGUUUUCUCUCCGAAUCUAGAAUUCUCCGAGGAAAAGAUCGAGUUGACAUUCGCUACAAACUAUUUGGGACAUUACCUAUUAACAGAGAUGCUGAUGGAGAAAAUGGUAGAGACGGCAGAGAAGAGUGGGGUCCAAGGAAGAAUCAUAAACCUGUCUUCUGUGAUUCACAGUUGGGUCAAGCACGAUUCCUUCUCCUUCACCAAAUUGCUCAAUCCCACAAAAUAUAAUGGCACAAGAGCAUAUGCACAGUCGAAACUCGCAACUAUCUUACACGCCAAAGAGUUGAGCAGGCAGCUCAAGGAAAGAAAUGCAAAUGUAGCGAUUAAUGCAGUUCAUCCAGGAAUCGUCAAGACAGGAAUCAUAAGAGCUCACAAGGGACUUUUUACAGGUAAUUUAGAUUCUCUGUUUUUUAUUGCCUCCAAGCUGCUAAAAUCUGCAAGUCAGGGCGCAGCGACAACGUGUUACGUGGCACUGAGCAAAGACACAGAAGGUUCAAGUGGGAAGUACUUCGCGGACUGCAACGAAGGCAAUUGCUCGGACUUAGCAAACGAUGACUCUUUGGCCCUCAAGCUUUGGGCCAACACUCGCAACCUCAUCCAUGCCCAUUUUCUUCAGACCCAAACGCAUUCAUCUCCUGUGAAACCUACCUCAUGUAAAUCCCAUAAUUUGUCUUUAACGAUUUGAUUUAGUUUGUUAAUUACGAUUAAGCACGGUCGAUCAUUCUUUCCGUGAUGUUAAGAUUAAA